AUGCCGUGGAAAGCCGAGCCUCCAUGUCCUGUCCUUCGCUUGUCCAUGCUUCAAACGCGGCGUCUGCCUCUUCCACUACCUUGUCUACCCCCAAGACCAGCGGAGAGGACUACAAGUCGCAGUACCGCAAGACCAAAUCGUUCCCCAUCGAAGAGACAAGCGGCACGAAAACGCCAACCCCUGGCUCCGACAUCUGUCCCCGCCCGUGGCCCUUGCCCUGACAAGACUCCUGCUCCUGCUUCUGCUCCUGUUCCUGUUCCUGCUCCUACUCCUUCUCCUACUCCUGAUUCAGCUCCAGAGGCCCUCCCGGUAGCCAAAAAGACGGAGCCACGAUCUCUCUCCCGCACGUCAACCGCGCCUCCCAACCUACAGCUACAGCCCCAAGCACAAGCCCGCAAACUAAUCAAGCGAAACCCUUCCGCUCCCAAACCACGCAUCGCCUCUCGUCACACCAAAACAGCCCGCUCAAUGUCCUUGGUCGGUGCUCCUCCGCCUUUGCCGACCUCAGACCCAUCCUCGCCUCCUCCCCUGCCGCGUGCUAUGUCAGUGCACAUCCCGUCGCGCACGGCGUCACCCGUAGCCACAGGCCAGGGAGCAGAUCGGUCUAAAAAGCCCCGUCUAAACUCCUUGUGGUCAGGGUUAUUCCGGUUAAGGGUGUCGAGCUGA